CAGACUUCAAACAUUACAAAGCACCGGCUCUCAAUUGCACCGGUGAGCCUUGUUUUGGUAGCAAAAUCUCUAUCAGAAUGGCCACUGGCUUCGGUUCUGUAUCCUGAUUCGGACGUGGACCGUAACCUCGGCCCACGAGUCAUUCCCCUCUUGCUUGUUACGACAUGAAAAGUUCCACAGCAUGAAGGAUUGACAACCAAUACGCAAUUCAGCAACGGCUGAGACGCCUCACCAUCUAUAGGAUCAUCCCAAUCUUUACUCUUGCGGCCGUCUUCCUGUUUGUAAUCGCUUUUCCCGUGCCGCCUCUCCUGCAUGUCAUCUCAAAGCUGCCACAUCCCCGUUUGAGAGGUAUAUAACCAGAGAGCCCCAGGAGAAGUAGAGAUGGGGAAUCAAGUCAAGAGAAAGCACAACAUCAUGUCUCAAUCAACAUACACAUCCGUCGUCCUGGCUCAACGCCCAAAGGCCACUAUCGUCCCCGGCGAGACCUUCACGCUGAAGCAGAACAGGAUGAUCUCAGAGGCUGACCUGAAAGAUGGACAAGUUCUCGUCGAGACCCUCUACUUGUCUCUCGACCCCGCAAUGCGAGGAUGGCUCAACGAUACACGCUCCUACGUGCCCCCCGUUCAAAUCGGCGAGCUCAUGCGCGGCUUCGUAAUCGGCAAGAUCGUCGCCUCCAAAUCCCCCUCCUUCACCCCCGGGAACUACGUUACAUGUAGCCCAGGCUGGACCGAGCUCUCGAUCCAAGACGCCAAAGCCGUCUCCCUGCUCGAAGUGCCUCCCCACGGAAAAGUGACCGACGCGCUCGGCGUCCUCGGCGGCACCGGCCUCACAGCCUACUUCGGUAUGACAGACAUCGGCAGAAUCCAACCCGGGGAUUUCGUCGCCGUGUCUGGCGCCGCAGGAGCCACGGGAUCCGUCGCCUGCCAAAUCGCAAAGAUCAAAGGGGCCACAGUCCUGGGAUUGGCGGGAAGUGAUGACAAAGUAGCGUGGUUGAAAGAGCUGGGUUGUGAUGAGGCGCUCAAUUACAAAGAUCCGGAGUUCAGGGAGAAGUUCAAGGAGGCGACGAAGGGGCUGAUUGAUGUUUUCUUUGAUAAUGUGGGAGGGGAGAUUCUGGAGGCGGCUCUGAGUAGGGCGAAGCCGCAUGCGAGGUUUGUGAUGUGUGGUGCUAUCAGUCAGUAUAAUAAUGCGAAGCCUGUUGGGCCGAAGAAUAUCUCGAUGGUUAUUGCUAUGCGGAUCAAGAUGCAAGGGUUCCUCGUCUUUGACUACGCGAAGGAAUACCCGGCUGCCAAAGAGCAACUUACUCAAUGGCUGGCAGAAGGCAAGCUCCAGCGAAAAGAGACAAUUGUUAAGGGUGGGUUGAAGGCUGCUGAGCAAGCGCUGAUGGAUUUGUACAAUGGUAUCAAUACAGGAAAACUGCUGGUUGAGGUUAAGGCUGAGGACGCUGGGGUGGAAUCAAGACUGUAGGAUAGUUUUGCAGAAGGCAGGAUUGAAAUGUUUCUCUAUGCCUUACUGACACGUAAGAAUUAGCCUUGUUCGGAAUAGUUCUGUGUUUCCAUCAUGCAUCUCUCCACUAGUCAACCAUGCUCAUUCUGAGCUUGAAGUCCAGGCUUCAGGUGAUUUCUCUGCACCUGCCUCGAGCAGCCGCUGGAGUUCCCAUUCAAUGCCCACCAAAUUGUC